AUGACUCCUCAUCUUAUGGAUCCCAAGGGUUUUAUUCUGCAGAACUGCCUUGUGUCCACCCAAGGCUCGGAUGCUGACUUUCAAGUCCUGACUCGGAUCGACCUAAGUCGUCAGUGGUAUGCUUUCGUUCUCAAGACAGAAGGCGGGAAACGCACCAAAUAUCUUGAGGAGAAGGCUCCUCGACUUGAGCGUGCACUCGAAUUGCUCCACGAGGCCUCGGCUCGUUUGGUAGAUCAGUAUGUGACCUGUUACGGCUACGAUCUUCCUCCUGGUGCCACCAAGAGCUCAUCUGGUAUGCGCGGUAGUUCAGUGAAACCAGAUGUCAUUGCUUGUAGCUCCUCUGACAGCGAAGCCUUUGCCUCGGACUCUGACGAUUCUGCACUUCCUCCCCGUCGCUCCCACCGACGAAGCCAUCGCAGUGGCAGGGUGGGUGGCGAAGCAGCCAACACACGACCGGACCGAGUAGAGGCAGAUUCAGGUAGCGAGAGUGAUGAGCCUACUAGUCGCCGUGCCCCUUUUUGGGUAUCUCCUCCUCGUCCAGCAGGAAUGCCAUCUCACGGCCAGCCCCCUGCCCCUCAGCCAUGGGGCUAUUCGAUGCCAAUGCAGGCACAGGCACAAGCACCGGCACCAGUCACUGCCCCUAUUCCAGGCAUUCGACCAGGUCCCUCGAUGGUUCCUCCACCACCAGGUAGAAACAUUCCUAUUCCGCCCAUGGUUGGCAAGUCGUAUCCUGCACGUCUCAACAUCACGUGGGCAGGCAAUGGAAAGAGGAACAUGCUAGUCAACGUCUCGCCAACUGUUCACUACUUGCAGCAAGUUGCAGUCAACGAGGCAAACAUGCGCCCUACGGGGUUUGCCAACUCAUCUCCGGCGCCAUACCUCCCUCUGCCGAAUCGUUCUAGCAAUGGUCACGCUGUUCUCAGAGCCAUGGUACGCCGUGUCACGCUGGACGAGGAUGAGACGUAUGAGAUUGCGGCUUUUGGAAAUGACUUGUCUGCCUUGUUCCGCAGUACUUCGAGCAUCCCCAAGUUCGAAAUCGAAAUCAUCAAUGCCAAUGUUGUCCCCAUGUUUCCACCAAUGCCUCCUCCGCGUCCUGCCUCGGUUGCCUCCUCGCGAAGCAGCCUCGAAAUUGCGGACUAG